GACUGGUUAGCCAUAGGGCGCUGCGGUCACGUGACCAGGAAGGGUCGGUCCAUGUCUCCUCGAUGCUCAGCCUGCUGGUGGAGCUAAAGGAGUUGAAGUCUGAAAGCUGCUCAUCUCUGACCUCCCUCUGUCUGGGUCACAGAGCUCAACCAGAACCAAAUGUCAGACACAGAGGAAGUAGCGGCCGACGAAGCUCUAGAGGGAGAAGAUGAGUCCAAGCCCAAACCCAAGUUCAUGACAAAUAUUACCGCCCCAAAGAUGCCCGAUGGGGAAAAAGUGGACUUUGAUGACAUCUACAGGAAGCGGCAAGACAAAGACCUGGCUGAGCUGCAGGCUCUGAUUGAAGCCCACUUCGUCCAGAGGAAGAAGGAGGAAGAGGAGCUCAUCGCCCUGGUCAAUAGAAUUGAAAAUCGUCGAGCCGAGAGAGCCGAGCAGCAGAGGAUCAGGGCAGAGAGGGAGAAGGAGAGGCAGGCCAGACUUGCUGAGGAGAAGGAGCGCAAGGAGCAGGAGGACCAGCGUAAAAAGCAGGAUGAGGAUGCCAAGAAGAAGAAGGCGCUCUCGAACAUGAGCCAACAGUACGGCGCUGGUCAAAAGAGUGACACCAGGAGAGGCGGCAAGAAGCAAACUGAGAGGGAGAAGAAGAAGAAGAUCCUCGCUGAACGCAGGAAGCCGCUGACUGUUGAUCACCUCAGUGAGGACAAACUCAAGGAGAAGGCCAAGGAGCUGUGGGAUGCGCUGAGGGGCCUGGAGGAUGAGAAGUUUGAUCUCAGCGAAAAACUUAGAAGACAGAAAUAUGAUAUUAACCAGCUUCUCUGCCGAGUUCAAGACCACCAGAGUGCCAAAGGUCGCGGUAAGGGGAAGAUGAGCGGCCGUCUGAGGUAAAGCUGCUGCGAGACGGAGACGAGGAAGACUUUCGCAGCAGUAGCUGACCUGCUCAAGUACUUCCAAUCCCGUUUAUCGUCCUGUUGUCUUAGAGUAAAUCAACCAUCGUGAGAUCAAAACAAUAAAUAGGUCAUUUCAUCCAAUAGGUCAUUUCAUCCAAUCCGAUUCAUUUCUAUAAACCAUUCAUAGCCCAUUUGUCCCUAUGUGCAUUUCUCUCACAUAAUCAGACAACACUGUAAUAAAUAAUAAUAAUAAAGCUCUGAAUGACAA